AGGGCGGGGAGGGCGGUGUUCUCUCCCUGGGCUGAGCUCGUGGGCGCUGCCUGUCUUCUUACCUGACAAAUCAGGCGGAGAGAAGAGGCAGCGAAAAGGAGAGAGAGAGUGAAGCUUUGCUCCCCCACCCAACACACACACACACACACCAGGCGCCUUGGAACUGGAGGGCAAGAUCUCUCGCCCCCCCCCCCCGGUCCUUUCCUUCCAACUCCUUCCAGCUUUGCGAAACUGGGACCACCUGGGUACCACUAGACGCGGCUGGACUCUUCUCUCCCUGUAUCCUUCAGCAGCCAUGUACUGAUCAGAGCAUCCUUCGGAACUCUCCUCUUUUUUGUCGCUCUCGCUCUUUCUGGUCCUCCCUUUACGCUUCAAAUUCAACAGUUCUAGAGAAGUACCGAGGCAAGGAGCAAGAGGGGCUGGAUAUUGACAUUCUUUAGCCAUGGAUGUAUUCAUGAAAGGAUUUAACAGAGCCAAGGAAGGCGUUGUGGCGGCAGCAGAGAAGACCAAGCAGGGCAUGGCAGAAGCAGCAGGGAAAACGAGAGAAGGAGUUCUCUAUGUAGGUUCGAAGACCAGGGACGGAGUUGUUCAUGGGGUUACAACAGUGGCAGAGAAAACUAAAGAGGGAGUGUCAAACGUGGGAGGAGCUGUAGUGACUGGCGUCACAGCCGUGGCACAUAAGACAGUGGAAGGUGCCGGAAAUAUUGCCGCUGCCACUGGCUUUGUCAAGAAGGACCAGUUGGCCAAACAGAAUGAAGAAGGCCUCCCGCAGGAAGGAAUGAUGGGUAACACAGACAUGCCAGCAGACCCAGAAAACGAGGCCUACGAAAUGCCUCCUGAGGAAGAAUACCAGGAUUAUGAACCCGAGGCUUGAAUUCAACUCUCUUCCUUCUGUUAGCUGCUGGCAAAGACAUCCUGUCCUGUACAAGUGCUGAGUUCCAAUGUGCCCAGUCGUGAACUACUUUUUAUAGUUUGUACAGUGUCUUUUGAAGUCUUCCAUCAGCAAUGAUUGGAGCAUCUGUAACUGCGUCCAAUUUUCAUUUCAGCGACCAACCUCCCUCUGAAACGAAGGUCUGGGUCUCAGAGCCAUUGUUGUUGUCUGGAUAUUGUGGCUUCAAGUUCUAAAAAGUCCGAAAGCAGUUUUUUAAAAUAAAAUUAAAAAACA